AUGGCUCCAUCUACUAAGAAGUCCGGAAGGCGUACCGCUGACCACGAACACCCUAAGAGAGUUACAAAGAAACCCAAGAUUGCUGUGAAUUCAAGCGAUGAAGAAUACCCAGAAUCUGAUGAUCAACAUCAAAUCGAUGCUCAAUCUAGCGGUGAUGAUGCUGAUGAUCUAGAUUCAAUUAUUUCCAGUGAUGAUGAGUCGGAUGAGCUUGAUCAGUCUUCUGGUGAUGAAAAUGGCGAUGACGAAGAUGCAGAGGAUCACGAUGAAUUAGAUGGUGAUAAGGAAGAGAAGUCCUCGAACGAACCCGGUCGUCAUAGCGAACAAAGGAAGCUGUUAAAAGAAAGGAAGAUGAAGCGUAAGUCUGGUACUCAAGUUCAGCAGAUUAAGUCUUUAUGGGAACGAUUACGUGUUAAGCAGCCUCCAAUGCCAAGAGAAAUCCGUGAAAAGCUGUCCAACGAAGUUUGGGAACUGGCAAAAGAUCAUAUCAGUGAUUUAGUUCUGAAGCAUGAUGCAUCUCGUGUUGUUCAAACAUUGGUUAAAUAUUCGCCUAAGGAGCGUCGUGACCAAAUUGUAGAUUCACUAAAAGGUAAGUUUUACCUGUUGGCUACAUCCUCUUACGGUAAGUACUUGCUGGUCAAACUUUUGCACUAUGGUUCCAAAAACUCGAGAGACACUAUCAUUGCUGAACUGCAUGGGAAAUUGAGGAAGCUGAUGAGACAUAGAGAAGGUGCUUACGUCGUGGAAGAUUUGUUUGUGCUUUACUCCACGCAGGAACAGAGGCAGCAAAUGAUCCGGGAAUUCUGGGGAGCAGAGUAUGCAGUGUUUAGAGAAACCCACAAAAACUUGACUAUUGAGAAGGAGUGUGAAAGUAGUGUCGAGAAGAGAAAUAUUAUUGCUAAGAAUUUAAGUGGAACCAUUGCAGCCUCAGUUGACAAAGGUUCUGCCGGUUUCCAGAUUUUGCAUGCAGCAAUGAAAGAAUACGUCAAGAUUGCGAAUGAGAAGGAAAUUUCAGAGUUUAUUGAAACCUUAAAAGAUCAAUACGCCGAAUUGGUCCACACACCAGAGGGUAGCGAAGUAAUCUGUGUAUUGAUUGCAAAGGCCAAUGCUAAGGAAAGAAAGUCCAUUAUUAAAAAUCUCAAAGACCACAGUGAAAACCUGCUCAAGAACCAGUAUGGUAACCAAGUUUUCAUCACUUUGUUAAUGACUGUCGAUGACACUGUGUUGCUUUACAAAGCAUUUUCCGCUUCCCUGAAGGACAAAAUAACCUCUAUGAUCACUGAUAAGUGGGCCAGAAGACCUUUCCUAUACAUAUUGCUUGGACUCGAUGGAAAGUAUUUCUCUCCAAUCGUUAAGAAGGAUCUUGACAGAUACCUGGAGAUGUCAAAGAGCACUUCCAAAAAGCCAUUACACCAAAAGCGCGACGAGUUGUUACAGAAAUUUGGUCCCUUUUUCCUAAGUGCAAUUGCAGAGGACUAUAGUAAAGUACUGGAGGAUAACAUGGGCUGUCAAUUUGUCUCAGAACUCUUAACCAAUGAUGAGCUUUAUCUACUUCUAUCAGACGACGAAAAGUCUAAAUUCCAGGAAUUAAUUGACUGCAUAAUUGUAUAUUUUAAGGGUAGUGUUUCAGAUGAAGAGCACCCAAUUAACCGUCCAUUUUCUGGCAGGCUUUUGAAAUCAUUGAUUCAGGGCGGAAAAUGGAACAAUAAAGAAAAACGCAUUGAACCGUUAAAUAACGUGAAAGGUCUUGGUGCACCAUUUGCUGAAAAAAUUUACAAUGAUAUUAUCGAUUCCACAAACUUGCUAGAGUGGAUCAACAAUUCUAACAGCUCUUUCACAAUUGUCGCCAUAUAUGAAUGCUUAUCGUCUAAAAAGGAAGGCGCGGAAUUCAUGCGCGAUUUAAAGGCUAUUGCAAGCAAGAUAGACAAAGAUGACGACAUGAACAAGGGCGCUCAGUUGCUGCUAAAGUUUCUAAGCAUCUAA